UUGGAAUCACUGGUAGAUAGCUACCGGUGUUUUUAUUUCAAAACAUUUGCCUGGCUUACGUUUAAAUGUUCCGUUUGUUUCCCAAACGACGCCGAACUGGCGAAGAAGAUGCUUCGCGGAAAACCCUCAAUUACUAUUUCUUUAAUUGAAGAAUUAUGUAUAUCUCGUGAUGGUUUUUUAUCCUCUGAUAGUAUGCGGAUGGUGAUAUUAGAAAGGGAUCCCAAAAGAGCGAUAUUUGAUUCUUCCACUAUUAUUCCUCUUGGUGAUCGACCAAUAGAAGGCAUGAAAGUUUCGUCUUGCAAAAAGUUCGAACUCUUGCGUAAACAAAAAGAUUUGAAUACGUUAGGACAGCUCAUUUGGGGUGCUGUUCCUACUCCGCAAGGUGCUGAUGCUUUAAAGUUUCAUCAACUAGAAGAUGAGCAGUUAUUGUUGAGCCGAGUUUUUGGUCUUCCGAAAAUAGCGACGAAGGAUCAUCUUGGCAUGAACGAUUCUGUGGUGUCUUCCGAUAAUGAAUUGAACUAUGUAAGCACAGUACGCUCGCUCGAUGGUGGUAUUAAGAAUAAUAUAUGUUCUACUGCUCCUCCAGAGAAGUUUCAGCGGGUCCGAAAUGCCAGUUUGCAAUUGGACUCUGACGAUCUUGAAGAUAUUCGACCCUUCUCACCUCCGCAUCGCUUAUCCAGGAACAGACGAAUAAUAAUGUCUCAGAAAACUUCGCUCUGCGAUUCAGGCCAAUCAUUGAAUUCUAAUAAGGCUAGAUCGCGAGUAAGUUCUUGUGGCUCACAAACAGAGGAUGAGUUUGUUAGACAAGUUGCCAUUGGAAUUGUGUUUUCAAAUUCUAUACGAAAUUUUUUAUUCCAACAUAUACCGAUUGUGGAAACCGAAAUGUCAAAGUUAGAAACAAGAGUAAUUAAUGCAGCUAUGCAUACACCUUCUUUUCUUUACAAUGUACAUAGAGCUUGGGAGGAGUUUUGUAAUUGUAUAUGCUUUCUUCAUAAUUCUCCUCGCUUACGAAACCCUGUAUGGUUGAGUUUAGCAGAAAAAGAUUUGAAUGAUUGUGUUGUUGCCUCUAAAUUCUGCUCGCAACUCGCGAACCUGGUUCAGAAGUUGGACACGAAGCAGACUAAAUUCUUUCUUUCUAAUCUUAUUUCUACCGUUCUUAUGCAUCACAUGUCAUGGGUAGCUAGCGUUGCGUCUCCUCAGACGGCGCCAUCUACACCUAUUAACGGAAGAAAUUUUUUGAUUGGCUCAACAGAGAAUCCUGAAUCUUCCUGCUUUCCAUACAAUCCUCACAUGGCUCAAUAUUUGGAGAUCAGUGGAAGUGUUGGUCAUUCUAAUCGAAGCACAAAGACUGUUGUGUGUGGAGAAGAUUUGAAUCAGCUAGCUGAAAUUCUUCAAAUUCUUUCUUAUUUUAUUCGUUGCUCUACAGUCCAACAGAGAGAUACAAAUUUCAAAGAGACUGUGCCCUUGCCAAUUGCUCAAUCUUUCUCACCGGAAGCAGCAUCACCAGAUCUGCUGGGAUCUCCACCUAUUGGAAGCUUCAGGGAACUAGCUUUUAGCCCAGAUAAAUUAACAGAAACAGAUGCGACAUCUUCAUGUUCUUUGGAUUCUCUACCUGCUGAUUGCAUCAGCUGUCCUGUUCUUUCGACCCUGGAUAAUUUGGGUCGUUCACUCUUAGCUGGGCCAUCCGUUCAGUACUCACCGCACUUUGUGCUAUCGGGACUAGUAAGAGAAGGAAAGAACUAUGAUGAUGCUUUUUCGAAAAUGCUGGACGAAGUUCGGUUAGAAGAAUCUGCUGUUCAUAGAGCAGCCGCAGCAUCUCUCUCGUCAUCUCAGAGCUCGUCAUCUGUGUCAGAUCCUCAACUCGCUGAGUCUGUGAUUAUAUUGGCUGAUACAGCAGAAUGGUCUGUGAAGGUUCUCACUACGGAUGGAAUGGCUGAAGUAGUGUCACCGUCCGAGACGGUAGUAUCGAUGUUGGAACAGUUUGCUACUUUACAAGCGAAUGGCUACGCCCCGAAGUUUUUGAUCAACUUUGUUGAAGACAUAUUGUUCGAAAUCUUAGGGAAGAGUUUGAGCUUGGUGGAAAUGGUAUCUGGUGGUCCUUCUGAAUCUCCAUCGAUGUUCUCACCUGAACGUGUUCGUUCAGUAAUUGGGUGUGAUCAUUCAGACCUUCGCUUGGUAGUUAACGUUGCCUCAGUUUACUAUCCACCAGUUCUGCAUUCUGUUUUAUGA